CCCACAGUGAUCCCGCCCACAGCCCCAAUGGGGCGGGCGGGGGGAGAAAGUGCUGCUUUGUGAAUGACGGGAGCGGUGGGUAACAGAAAACAAACUUUAUCAAGAAUUUUUUCGGGCACAGACGAUUUUUGACCAUCAGCUGAAAAGUUCAGAGAAGCAAAGAAGCCUGUUCCGACCCAGAAGCACCGAGGAAAACCAAGGCUGCCUGCUUGGGGAGGGUUAGGAAAGCCUGGAGGAUGUCUGUCAGGUUGAUCGUUGCCAUCUGUCUCUGCUUGUUGGUGGGAAUCAGUGGUGAGCCCUGCCUCAUCAUCAGUGAGAUCAAUGCAGACAAUCCAAGACUGGAUACUACAGAGUUUGUGGAGCUGUACCACACCAGUGGACAAAGGGCGUCACUGGACGGCUACACGCUUGUGUUCUAUAACGGCAACGGGAAUGUAGCCUACAAAGUCCUGGACCUCAAGGGCCACACCACAGAUGACAGAGGCUUCUUUCUGGUGGGCUCGGUGGACAUGGUGCCCAAACCAGCCAUCCUUCUGCCACCGAACACAGUCCAGAACGGCCCUGACGCCAUUGUCCUCUAUCACACCAGUGCUACUCGUUACAGUGAAAAGAUGAACGUCACUGCUGUUGGUCUGGUGGAUGCCGUCGUCUAUAUGACUCGACGCACAGGAGGCGCAGAGUUCCUUGCUGAAAUCCUGACCCCUGGGGAGCCUGCCUUCAUUGAGGACGAAGCAGCCCUGGAGGGGGAUGAGUCCAUUGAGAGAUGCCUGCUUUCUGAGGAUCAGUGGGGCUUUCAGGUGUUCUCACCCUCCCCAGGUCGCCGGAACAACUGCACCCCACCUGCCACACUGGCCACCUUUCCUCUGAUUACCGAGCUGAAGCUUGGGGGAGGGCAGGAAGACGGGUUUGUGGAAGUUACACAGCCCCCAGCUGCAGGUCCCAUUGUGUUGGUGGUGUGGGACGGGAAAACAGAUCGGGUCAGCGUCAGUGUGGAUCUGGACGCCUCCAGAAAUGGAUUUAUCACCGUAGCCGUUGACAAGAAAUACAUGAAAGGAGAUGAGUCUGGUGCCGUGGCCCUCUACAGCGGCAGAGCGACAGACUUCCCAGUGGGGUUUCCGCUAAGCCAGAGAGACUCUUUAGAUGCAUUUGUGUUUGCCGGACCUGGAGACAAGCCAAGUGCCAACCUCACAGAGACUCUCAUCCCAGGCAGGGAGCCAUACCAGCUUAGCAACAGUUUGAGAGAAGGAGGCUUCUAUCUCAGCCGGUGUGGCUUGGCAACCUGGACAAGAGAUCCUGGAGUCUUCUGGGAGGCACCACAAACGCUGGGUCAGCCUAACCACUGCCCAUGGCCAAAGAUCUGCCCCCACAGUACUGUGACUCCAGGUGGCACAGAUUCUCCGCCUCACCUUCCACCCUGGGGGAAUAGUGACUUCCUGAUCAAUGAGCUGAACACCGACACCCCUGGAGCUGCAGAAGAUGGAGAAUUCAUUGAGCUUUGGCACCCGUCUGGUCGAAGAGUCUCCUUGCAGGGGAUCUGGAUUUUGCUUUUCAGUGCACAUAACAACAAACCCUAUCACGAGAUCAGUCUGAGUGGACACUUCACCACAGCCAAAGGUUACUUCCUGAUGGGCAGCGACAGGCUGGCGCCUGCUCCGUCGCUCCGUCUGCCUCCCAACACCAUCCAGAAUGGCCCAGAUGCUGUGGCGAUCUACCGCAGUCCGCUUGGCCCGCCGUCUGCGAUGCAACGGGGGAUCCCCACGAAGGGCCUGCUGGAUGCUGUGGUGUAUCGGCAAAGGGGGUCAGAUAAGGAGGCGCAGGAGCUGAGCAAAGCUCUCACUCCAGGACAGUUGCCAUUGUUGGAAGAUCCAGAAGUUCUGCCUGGAGAUGAGGCGCUCAGCCGCUGCAGAGGCCUUUACCCCUUUGACCUGUCUGCUUUUUCAGUGGCCACACCCACCCCCCUGAGAGAAAACAGCUGCCCCCGCCCUCCUCCAGCUCCUAAAGGUGUUGUAAUAAAUGAGGUGUCAAGUGGCCACUGGACCAAUCACAGUCAUCAGAGGGCCUUUGUGGAGCUCCACGGGCCGCCCAUGACAGACCUGACAGGCUUGGUUCUGUCCGUGUUUGACCAGGAGCAUAGGGGCACGGUCAUUGCACUUCCCCUGACUGGGUCUCUCGACCAGAAUGGUUUCUAUAUUGUUGGAAAUGUCACUGGAGCAGAUCAGACUUUCCCAGAAGGCUCCAGUGUGCCAGCACGCGGGGCAGUGGUUCUGUGCUACGACCUGUUCAGCAUCUGCAGAGCUGGCAGUGCGCUGACCAACGUCAGCCUCAGGGAUGUGCUGCUGUUCAGUGAAAACCAGUGGCUGCUUUCUUCUCUUUCCACCACCAGGGGGAGACAAGUAUUGCCAGCUCUCAGGUCGGUGGAAAGGGGUCCCGUCUCACUCAGCAGGUGUUUAUGCUGCGAGAUCAGGAGCUCCUCCUCCUGGACGAGUUCGUCCCCCACACCAAGCCACACCAAUCUCUGUCCUAGCCCCGCCUUCUCAAGUCAAAUCGACCUUUGUCUCGGACCCCCGUUCUUCGAGCAGUCAGGAGAGUGUGGGGAAGUAUUUCACAGAAAAAGGAUGGCUGACGUGGCUCACUAUUUGGAGCAGAGGUGUCACUGUGGCAUUUCUGCAUUGUAUCUCCGAGGGGCUAACUUUUCCUGCAUGUCUGGUUGGCUGCGAGUGUGGGGGAACAUCCAGGCACACUCAGACCAUCAGAGGGCCCUCAUCAUUCAGGCGUUGCUCUCGAGCCCCGCUCCUUCUCAGGCAGACACCUGCUUUUCUCCCAUCACCGGCCACUACAUCGGCAAAACCUCAGCGCUGGGGUUGCAGAUAGGACUGAUAGUAGCGGUGCUCCUGCUGGUGGUACUAGGAGGUGCCCUGUUUACAUAUUUCUACAGGAGGAGACGUCCUCUGGACUACUCCACCAUGGAGCUGAGUGAACAUGCAGAGGGACUGUCUGAUCCAUAAUCUAGGCUUUAAAUCAGUCAGUUUGCUCCUGGAGGCACUUGUGUGCAGAGGCAUCAUAGAAAGGAAGCAGGGGACAUCAGAGGCUCGUUUGAAGUAUACACAAAUCAUUUUGAGGCUGUUCUGAAGUGAACACUGUCUUUUUCCGUCCUCGGUGGCUUGUGAAAGUGACUUCUAAUAGUUUAUUAACAGUUGUCAAGGGGCUCCAGUAUCAUCAAAUCACACAAUCUAAGAUAACACUGAUUUCAGCUGUCCUGAUAGUUGCUUGUUGGAACAUUUUAUUUUUUUUCUGAAUUUUAAGUCAUAAUUGUUCUCUACUGGCUUUAAUAAAUGCCUUUAAAUUUGAUCAGUUUCUUGCGGGAAACUCAGCUGGUACUGAAGUAUUUUAGUAUUAAGAUUAUUUGUUAUAAAGACAACAUUAAGUUCCAAAUGUAUUCUUUAAACUCUGCCCUGCCUGAUUAUCCUGCUAUGUUCUGCAACAGUGUAUUUUAAACUUCCUGUUUUUGUAACCACUUUUCUUGUGCUUAUUUUAAGCAUAUGUUUACAUUGUCCUAAAAGAAAAAAAUGUGCAAGACUAAUCAAGUAAUUUCUUAAAUGUUAGUUUUUGGAGAUAAAUGAUCGUUUUGUAUUCAGAGCUACUUUAUGUUGGUUUUAGGGAUGUGAAAACCUCAUGUGUGUUUUACUGCGUGUUAUUUUAUUAGCAAAUUUAAGAUCUCUUGUUUCCCUUCUCAUGAGGUGCACAAAAGUGAGUUGUGAAGUUUCUUCAACCUAUUAUUCAGCAAUGACCUACAUUACUGUAUGUUUAAUUAGAUCCUUUCAAAAAAUAAAAAAAAAUUUGUAAAAUUUUGACCAAAUUUGAGUUCAAACAGUCUUAGCCCUCUUUGACUUUAUUUUCUUUUUAUUUAAUGACAAGAGAUUUAUUUUUAUUCUUGAUUUUUCUAUCUGAGAUGCUACAUAAAAAAUAUUGGAUUAAAAAGGAAAAAGUGGGCCAUUUGUCAUAAAAUCUCCCAAAAUUUACUGCAUGGGUGAUUUAUUUGUCUGGACUGUUCACUCUGCAAACACUGCUUGAGAAUAUAUUGAGAAUAUCAGCCAUAAUAGUUUUGAAAUAUGACAUCCCUAUCAACAAAAAUUAGACCUUGUACAUGGUAUAAACUUAUAAAGUAGGUUCAGGUACACCCUGUUGAUUCAGUUAGCAACCAUGACCAUAAACCACUGAUGAUAAUUACAUCCUAAAACUAUGUGUAUCUUCAAAACAAAAAUUGUGUUGUGUUGAUUUUAUCUGACUGUGCUGCACAUGUACAAAUUAAACUCUUUUCAAGUUUC